CUCAGUGAGCCGACACCAGGUGAUAGCACCAAGACAGCCAUAUAUGAGCAGCGUGAGGAUGAGGCAUUUCCAGUUUGAAUCCCGCAGUACUGCUCCACAUACUGUCUGUUGCACAGGCCGCUGGAGGGAGAAAACGAUCCAAAGGACUCGAACUCAUGGUACCUGCCACAUUGCAAGAAACACACCAUCAACUGACGGUAACAAUGGUUGCUGUCCCAAAGAUCGUCCAGUCGGCCGCUCGGCGCACACGCGCACUACGCAUGGUGGACCCAAUCCGCAGGGAGUUUCUAGCAGUUGUCUGCUAUCGGCGUAACACAUCCUUUUGUUAGAGUGUACUAUGAUGUUAUUUGCUGUAGAGGUUAUGUGGAAACGCCAGGGAGACUAGCUAGUGAUGUAGUUUGAAAACAAUCGAACCAUGUUUAAUUUUCAAUUCCACCAAAAAAUUGUGUAAGUAAAUUGUCGAAAACCGUCAGGACAGAAUAGCUUAUCCUCGGGUAAGAUCGAACUGGAUGCGUUCUAAAUGUCAAAAUUUAUUGUAGAUGGUAUGAAUGAUGUGCAAAUCAUAUUUCUGUACUGUUACUUCAUCUUAUUUUCUUCUGAACCCUGUUCUCAAACAGCCUUCAUUCACUGACUUCCAUAACAGUGAGAAAUUAAGUUUAACACCAAAAAAAGAAAAACUCGUGAACUUAGUAACAACAAUUAGUGACUUAGAAAUGACAACACAAUGAAUAGAUACUCCACAUUUAACCUUGAUCUACUAGCAGACAUAAUGUGGUUAAAAUAUUUUAUUUACUCCUGUGAUGAAUUGUUGCAUAACAGCGGCACUUACAUUUUUCCUUUCAUAGGUCUUUUAAGUGAUACUGAUAUGGCACUGUGACAAGUACUUCGAUAGUGAAUGCUCUUUUCAGCCUACUUUGCUUUCUUAUAAAAAAAAGAAGUCUUACGAGAUCACCAUGUUGUGUUUCCCCUUUUAAAUUUUGAACCAGUAAAUUGAUUUUCAUUACACUUGGUAAAAACAUUGUGCCACUGCAGGCUACCCCCAAGCCCAUACUUUUUUAAUUUGCUUCAAUCAAAUUAUAACAAUUUAUGAGUUCAGAGUGACAUUAGUACCACUUAAUAUAGGGACAUGGAUGUUACAUAUUUUUACCAGUAUAUAAAAUCGGUGGUCUGUUUAAAUGUUUAUUUACCUUCAGUCUAGCAAUGACAAUAAAAUGUGACGUUUCCUUUGUGCCACCCUGUUCUUAACCAUGCCAUUCUCGCGUCAGAGUGCGCCCUGGUCCUCUCCGGCUUUGCUAUGUUGUAAAGGGGCCGGUGUGAUUCAGUCUCUUUUUCUAGACAGUGGCCGGAUGUUUGAAUUCUCUUACAUUUCUUCCAACUUAAGUUGCUUCGGGGUUGGGUCUUCUCCUGGAUUUGAAAGGAGCAGAGAACCGACACGGGUUCCUGUGGCCGGUUUGUAAUCCAUCAUUCAUCUGUGUGGUUCUUAUUUGUAUCUAUGUAUAUAUCUUUCUAAUUUAUAAGUUGUUAAUAAAUAAUCAUAAAAAGGGUUGUGGGCCUGUGUGUGUUUCAACUUGUAGCAGAGAGCGUGGUUUUGUGAUCCAAUCUAACUCACGAUAUUCUGUUAUUGUACUUGCAUUUUUUCCUUUUGAACUGUUUGUUGUGAAAUUGUUGUUAAUCCGUGUCUGCUGUUUUUUAUUGUUAUGAAUGAUCGAGCCUUUCCGAAUCCGAACUACCUUAUGAAGGAUGAGCUGAUAUACGAGAUUACGAUAAGGGAGGCAGGCAGCGAGAUUCAUACCUCGGCCUUGGACUCUAACGAACCUCAGGGAAAAUUUUAGACCAGUCCAAUACCGCCUCGCAAGACGAAUUGUCUGUGGACAUUACCUACUUAAUGUCGGCAAUGGAAGAGUUUCAGAACCAUCAAAUCAAGCGUUCCGAAGACUCCAUCCGGAAGUCCCGUUCUUUUGAUCGUUCAUAUUACCUCUGAUUGUUCCAAAGUCCGUGUUUCACAAGCCGGUCUUCUUAAUCAGUUUCAGGCUUCGGAAAUAUUUUCAUAGUCGGUAAACACACGCCGUGUCGAUACGCGCGUGUUUCAGUGUAGGAAGUUACCCAACCAUAUUGCUAUGAGGAUUUUAUUUCUUCAACUUGUAUUAUCGGGACAUACAUUUGAGAAGGUGUUAGAAUUUUUGAAACUUCUCGUGGGAUUCUUUGAGUCUUUUCUUCUUUCUGUUGUGUCAUCCUGUUCUUAACCUUACGUUUUUCCCGUCAGAGUGCGCCACGGUCUUCUCGGCUUUUGUUGACUCGUUUUCUGGAUUUGAAAGAGGGUAGAGAACUGACACGUGUUCUCGGGGCAGUUUUGUAAUCCAUCGUUAAUCUGUGUGUUACUUGUCUGUAUCUUUAUAAAUGUAUAUAUCUGUUUAAUCUUAAAAAUUGUUGUAGGCCUGUUUGUGUUUCGAAAUUUAAGGUUAUGUUAGACAAAUAUAAAAUUGCCGGAAUGUUUAUUUAGUAACAAGUUCUUUCCAAAAAAGAAAAUAAUCUGUUUUAUGUUUACAAUUGUAAGCAACAAAGAAUUGCCUUAUAGUGUCUGAUCCUAUAACCAACUACAAACAAGUACAUGAGAUGAAGUCACAUUUUACACAUGAAACUGACUCUACUUACAAAUUGUUUCAUAUCAGAGACAAUGAGCCCAUUGGAAUGAUAAUAGGUAUACUAAAAAGAUACAGUUGUGUGACAAAGAAAUGUGUGGACCCAAUGUACUGUGAUGGAAGAAUGCCAAAGAAUAAAAAUACUGUAAUUACCCGAAUAUAAGAAGAGAUUUCUUCAUACUUGGGAAUCUGAAUGAACAAUGAAUCGCAAUGGCAAUAAAAGGUGCUAUAUGUCUCCUACUGGUUUCAAGCUCUGUAACAAUGGCUGUUCCAUUUUGUCUUGGCCGUGUGAUUGAUAUUAUAUACACCGCUGAUUCUGAAAAGAUGAGGGAGAACCUUUCUGAGCUGAGUGUGGUGCUUCUGGGAGUCUUUGUUGUGGGAGGACUCUGCAACUUUGGGCGUGUGUACCUCAUGUCUGUCUCAGGACAACGCAUUACACAGACACUGCGACAGACAUUAUUUGGUUCCAUUGUGAAGCAAGAAGUUGCAUUCUUUGACAAGAACAAGACAGGUGAGCUGGUCAACAGGUUGUCAGCUGAUACAUCACUUGUCAGCCAGUCUGUCACAAUGAACAUUUCAGAUGGCCUCCGUUCCACCAUCAUGGUCAUGGCUGGGGCCUCGAUGAUGUUUUACAUGUCACCACAGCUGGCUUUGGUCGGCCUUUCAGUUGUUCCACCUCUUGCAGGAAUGGCCGUAGUUUAUGGGAGGUUUGUGCGGAAGAUUUCCAAGUCAGUCCAGGACUCACUUGCUGCAGCAAUGCAAGUGGCUGAGGAGAGGAUUGCCAACAUUCGAACAGUUAAAUCAUUUAGUCACGAGAGCAGAGAGUGUGACACAUACAGCAGCAAGAUACAGGAUGUCCUGCAGCUGGCUUACAAGGAGUCGCUGGCAAGAGGAAUCUUCUUUGGCUUGACAGGAUUCAGUGGCAAUGUCAUUGUGCUGUCGGUGCUGUACUAUGGGGGCAUCAUGGUGAGUGACAGUUCGCUUACAGUUGGGAACCUUUCAGCCUUCUUACUGUAUGCAGGCUACAUUGGUGUGUCCAUUGGUGGAUUGUCCAGCUUCUAUUCUGAAAUGAAUCGUGGCUUGGGAGCAAGCACCAGAUUGUGGGAACUGGUGGACAGAGUGCCGGCAAUUCCUGUGUCAGGUGGUCUGGUACCUACAGAGGAGCCUACAGGUCAAAUCGUGUUCCAGAAUGUGUCAUUUUCGUACCCAUCGCGACCUGACACCCGUGUAAUUCACAAUUUAUCCUUGGUUAUCCCUGAGGCAUCCAUCACAGCUGUAGUUGGUGCCAGUGGUUCAGGCAAGAGCACAUUGGCAGCACUGCUGUUGCGGCUGUAUGACCCUGACAGUGGGACUAUCCUGCUAGAUGGGCACCCAGUGGGCCAGUUGGACCUACAUUGGCUGCGAAGCCAAAUUGGGUUUGUCAGUCAGGAACCGGUUCUGUUCUCAUGCUCCAUUCGUGAAAACAUCUUGUAUGGAGCACUGAACCCCUCAGCAGUAACAGAGGAUGAGCUGGUAGCUGUUGCAAAGGAGGCAAAUGCAUACGACUUCAUCACAAAGAGUUUUCCUAAUGGAUUUGACACGCUGGUUGGAGAGAGGGGCAUCAUGUUAUCUGGGGGACAGAAGCAGAGAGUGGCCAUUGCCAGAGCCCUCAUCAAAAACCCCAGAAUCUUGCUGCUGGAUGAGGCGACAAGUGCACUGGAUGCGGAGAGUGAGCAUCUGGUGCAAGAGGCUAUGGAGCGAAUCAUGAGAGGGCGCACCGUGCUUACCAUCGCUCACCGGCUAUCCACCAUCCGCAAUGCAGCGCAAAUUGCUGUAUUGGAACAGGGCCGUCUGGUAGAGAAGGGAACUUACAGCGACCUGCUGUCCACGGAGACUGGCACAUUCAGGAAACUAGUGCAGCACCAAACGUUUGCCACUGCCAGCUAAGUGUGUAGUGUAUGUGUAGCCAUUCAUCAAGCAGAUAAUAACACAUAAAGCAGGUUUUGUCUUUUUAGGUACAAUGGUUAGACACUCCAGUCCUGGGUUAAGUUCAGGGGAAAUUUGUGCCAGAGUUAACGAUAGACUAAGUGGAACUGAGGCAUAUUUUUCUUCAAGUACAGUCAUUUCUCCAUAUAUGCACUCUUCAUUUAUGUCAUUUUAGUUGAAAUGCAGUUAAAAAGGAAAUACAGCAGAAUCUGAUAUGGUAUUAAUGGAGGUAAUGACUCUAAAAACGUCACCUAUGUAAACAUGAAUAAAUGUCUUUCAUUAUUUGUCAUCUGUAGGUUCAGCCCUCUUAUGAAAAAUUUUCUUCUCCGUGUAUUUUUCAGGAAUGCAUCUACUGUAUAAAUGGAGAAAUAACUGUACUCUGAAUUUUCCUCAGCUAAUGAUCAUUCCACCAAUGCUGCGUGCUGUCUAUUAAUGCCCAUGUGGCAUGCAGUAGGCCUGACCAGUGAGCACAUUAUCACAUCCUCGGUCCUCAUUUGGCCUGGCACUUAAUCAGAUUCAAAGAAAGGAAAUUCUUUGGAAAUUUGAUAGGCAUACAUUUUUUAAUGACUGACUACAUUGAAUCUGAUCUGUCAGCCAGAACUAAAGUAUGUCACUUAUAUAAUAACAAAAAAUUCAGUUUUUUAAUAUUUUAUUCCUGAUUCAACUCCCUGCAUAUUAAUUAGUUUGAUUAUCACAAAAGGUUGAGAGUAACAUGUAAAAUGGAUGCAUAAAUACAGAGUUCACUUAGACCAGCUGUCUAUCAUGAUAGAGGUUUUCCACAGACCCCCUAGGCCAGCAUCUAUAAAUCGGCUAAUGAGUGAUCAUGUAUAACACUCUUUAUACUGUCAUCCAGUACAUAACCUUGCAUUCAAUAAAAAAAUACAUUCAGUUAACGCUGCUUCAAAUAAUCAAUAUUUAGUUCAGACGUUCUUCUGAACAAAGAAUAUCUUUUAACAUUUUUUGACAGUGAUGCAGGCCAUGUGUUCAUGUCAGUGGACAACCACAUCAUGACAUCGAGUUUCACAGCAUAGCCAUGAUUCUUUGCUUUCAGAGGGCCAAAGUAGUCUUUAAAUUUGUACAGAUAUGGUUGUCAUACAUAUUAAUACAAUUUAUGUAUUUUCACAAAUUUAAAUUAUAUAAAUGUUUUAUUUUAAAUAAUUUUAUUUCUAGUUUAUUAGAUUGUGCUGAUUUGUCUUCUUCUUCUUCUUCUUCCCUCCCCACAGGCAAACUUCAAGCAGUGCUUUCAUUGUGAAUCUGCAAUAUAUUACCCUUACAUUUUCAGCUCAGCAUUAUAAGAGGUUUCCUUUUUAAAUUUCUGAUUUCAUCCAUCCAAACUAAAUGUCUGGCUCUAUAUAAUUCUCUGGCUUACCAGGAGAUAUGAAAUUUCAAACUUAUCCAUGUCAGUAUUCUGUUUUCAAACUCUUGCAGGAUGUGGCCUUCUGUCAUGAUUGUAUAUACAGUAUAAACGCUGUUACUGUUUCAUGGUUAGGAAAGCAGAAAGACAGCCGCAGUUAUUGGAAAUAAUACAUUUACAUUUGUGUAUUAAUUAUUUCUGUUUUCUUUUAAUAAGCUGCAAAAACACAUCGUGUUAGGGUCAGGUGUUUUUUAGUGGGAAACCUGGCGAUAAGAAGACCAAAUUCUUAUAUUUUCAAACAAUAUAUUACUGUAGUUACUGUAAUAUUUUUACGAAUGGGUUUAAUGUAGAUUAGGAUGUAUUUAUUUCCCAUCAAUAAUUUAACCCUUAAGUGGUGUGUGAUAUAAACAAAUGGCAGAGUGCUAUGUGAUGCAUUAAAUAUAAGCAGACUAUGUAAGGGCGGGAAGCAUUGUGUGUGUAUAUCCAUGUUCUGAGGAUUACCUUACAAAACUGAACUUAUACAUCAAAGCCUGAUAGAUGUCUUCAGUGGUGUACAAAUGUAGCAACUCUUUGCUAGUCACAUAUAAAGUAUAAAAAAGUAAUUUAAAAUCGUGAUCUGUUGAAUGAAUUUUUUUUUAAGAAGAAACAAAUUCUCUGGCCUAAUCUCUGUUUUGUUUCCAUGAGUAUGCUAUUUACAUCAUAACUGUAGAGGCAGUGGUUUAAAUGAUAUGUACAAUGUUGCAUAAAGAUGCAUAAUUUUAUUUAAAUGCCUGGAAUUAAGUCCAUCCAGCAAGGUGCACUACAAAUUAAGGCUAACAAUGUGAGUUGAAUUUUAGAGCAACAUGCAGUCAUAUGUGCGCUGCAUCACACUAUAUCAAGAAAAGUUCCAUAUUUUGAGUGCAAUCAAAUAUUGGGCUUCAUGUUUUAAAUCAUAUCAGUAAUACAGAUGAACAUUAAAAUGAUAUAAAUUAAAAAUAUUGAAAUAUGCUUACUUUUAGUAUGUCUAUUAUUGUUUAAAGUUACAUACAGGAAAGGUAUCUUUAUAUGGAUUUUACAAUAUUGGUUAAGAUUAUAUUCCAUAUACGGUUAUAUCUAUACUGUGUUGGUGGUUAUCAUUACUUGCGUAUAUGAUGGUAUCUCUUGUUUGAGAUGUUCUGUUACAAAAACUGUCAUUAGUCAAAGCCCAUAGAAUUUUCUGUUUUGCUAUAAGCUUUAAAAUAAAAUAUGUAAGUUAUUAAUUGUAUUAAGAGA